AUGCUUCAAGCUCUUCUCCUUACCGCCGGCGCUGCUGCCGCCUACUCCUUACCGAACUCCAACGGUGCUCCACCUCUCGCGCAAAAAUGCGGCCCUUCCUCCUCCAAGAUCGUCUGCAUGCACAAAUACGCGUCCGUCAUGCCAUACCACUUUUAUCGUGAACCUUCAAAUGGCAAAGACCCUGGUAGUGGCAACUUUGCUUCAACCAACGUGUCAGACCCAUCAUUUGCACAGGUAGCCGAUGCGGAUAUAAUAGUCUACGAUGAAGCCGCUUUCAAAAUCCUCGGUGAUAAACCAUCUGUGAAGAAAAUGUUUGAGAUUGAAAAGAAAGGCCACGAAGCUCCAGUAUACGUGCCCAGUAUGGGGAAGAUUUUCUUUGGAGAGCCUGCAGCGCCAGCUCCGCUACACCAAUUCGUGAUUGACCUAAACAAGGAGCCACCGACGUUGAAGCCGUAUACCUUUGACCCGCCAAUCUAUGCGCCUAAUGGGGCGACAAUCAGUAAGGGAAAGCUCUACUGGGCCCAAAGUGGGGGUAGCAAGAACCUUGAAGGUGGUCACCUUGAAGCUCGACCAGGCAUUGUCGCCGCAGAUCCAAAAACGGGAAAGUCUGAAACGAUCCUCAACAACUUUUAUGGUUAUUAUUUUAACCAGAUCAACGACUUGGUUGUGGACUCCAAAGGCGACAUCUGGUUCACGGACCCACAGUAUGCGUGGUUCAGUAACCUCAGCGACACGCCACCAAGGCUGCAGCCAUCGACAUAUCGCUUCAGACCGUCCACAGGGGCCGUGUCCAUCGUUGAUGACACCUGCCGCCAGCCAAACGGAAUAGCCAUAUCAGCAGACGAAAAGACCAUGUACAUUGCCGACAGUGGCAGUGUCAAUGGCGAUGUGUCAGACUCGGUACAGGCAAUGAGUGGGACAACGUUCAAUGGUACCACAGUUGGGAGGACGAUAUACGCGUAUGACAUUCUCAAAGGAAAGUUUCUUGCCAACAAGCGACCAAUUUAUGUUGCACAAGACUGGAUUCCAGAUGGUAUAAAGGUGGCCACUAACGGCUAUUUGGUCACUGGUGCUGGUUUGGGUGUAGACGUUAUCGACCCAGAGGAAGGCACAGUGGUGAUGCGCAUUCAAACAGAUUAUCCAGUGCAGAACCUCGCCUUUGCGGGUAAAGAUAGGAAACAGCUAUGGAUGGUCGGUGUAGGUGGUGUCACGAGAGUCAAUUGGGAGUUGGAAGGGGUCAAAUUGGAGUAG